CUAAAUUAACCAACACUAUUUAUAAAAGCCAUCUAUAUGCCUUUGUUGAUAUAAACAAACAUCAGGGAUUAACAAACAAACACCGUAUAGUAAAAGAGAAAAAUAAUGGCUUUAUUACUCUCACGGCAUUUCCGGGACACUUUGAAUGUUUCCAUGUUCUUCAAUAAUAUGUCACAGGACCAAGUAGAUGAGUAUGUGUUGUCAAGAAAGUCUUACUUCGUAAAAUUGUUUGCUUUGUCGAAAGCCAUCGCCAAUGCCAGGCGUUCAAGUGUGUUGAAGCCAUUUGCAUAUGUGUCAACCUUGGAGCGCAUGUACAGACUCUAUGCCCAGCCAUUGGUGUUUUUGGUUGCUGUAACAGCGUUCAUUCUCAUGGCCUUUUACAUAAGGAAAGAUAAAUGCUUCAAAACGUACGUUCUAACAAUGACAUUUAUGCUCAUCGAUAUCAUAGGAGUUUUGCUUCCUCUUCCGUUCCAUUUUGUCUUCUUGCCUAUUGACCCACACUAUGGUGGUGUGCCAUUCAAAUGGUGUGAAGUAUACCGCAUACUGGCAUCGUUCUUACCGCAAGUGCUGUAUUACCAGUCGCAGUGGUUGAAAUUUGUUACCUGUGUGUUUCAAUGUUUCUACAUUUAUUAUCCCACAAAAGCUCAGUGGUUGUAUAGGAAACGCUUUUUAACCACAUUGUUAGUCGUAUCUUUCCUUGUUUCGACAGCAAUUUCGUCUCUCAUGCAUUUUGAUGUCAAUUUUAAACGAUUUUCCUACCUGAAUGAAUGGUCAAAGCGAAGAGUUAAUACCUGCAUUAUGGUACCAUCAGCAAUUUAUGACGUCGAAUCUCACGUAUAUAACAUCAUAAGGAUAGUGGCUCCAAUGACCAUAGGCAUCGUGAUUCCUUUUGUAUGUAUGAUAGCAGGUUCGAUCAUACUAUUCCUAGAGAUCCAAUCAAAUUCAAGGUCAAAGGCAAAACAGAAGAGUACUGAGCUUGCUGAAGCGGGUCGUUUACAACAUACACGAUUUAUUGGAACGAUAAGUUUGGUCUUCAUAAUCAUCCUUAUACCACGACUCGUAUUUGAAAUUUUGCUUAUUGACCAGAUUUCCCGAGAAAGUUUUUAUCAUGAAUUGAUAGAAAUGUUUCAUCUGGCAUCGCACGUGAUCUAUCACGUUUCAGUUCCCGCCAUAUUUGCUGUUUACGUUAUUUGUAAGGAAAAACGAAUUAUCCAAACAGUGAGAAAAAGUCUAAGAAAAUCGCGGAUCCCAUCGAACAACACCCCUGACCAAUGAACCAGCAUUUCAGACUCCGAUAAUGAUCAGUCUCGGCGCAUAACAACUGAAAGAACUUUUGGUAAUAUACAUGACAUACCGUCUCAUAUGUCAACGAGUAACAAUCACAAUGUAAAACUUUUGGUAAUAUAUAUGACAUACCGUCUUAUAUGUCAAUGAGUUACAAUCACAACGAAGAACUUUUGGUAAUAUAUAUGACAUACCGUCUCAUAUGUCAAUGAGUUACAAUCACAAUGUAAAACUUUUGGUAAUAUAUAUGACAUACCGGCUCAUAUGUCAAUGAGUUACAAUCACAACGAAGAACUUUUGGUAAUAUAUAUGACAUACCGUCUCAUAUGUCAAUGAGUUACAAUCACAAUGAAGAACUUUUGGUAAUAUAUAAGACAUACCGUCUCAUAUGUCAAUGAGUUACAAUCACAAUGAAGAACUUUUGGUUAUUUAUAUGACAUACCGUCUCAUAUGUCAUUGAGUUACAAUCACAACGAAGAACUGUUGGCAAUAUAUAUGACAUACCGUCUCAUAUGUCAAUGAGUUACAAUCACAAUGAAGAACUUUUGGUAAUAUAUAUGACAUACCGUCUCAUAUGUCAAUGAGUUACAAUCACAAUGAAGAACUUUUGGUAAUAUAUAUGACAUACCGUCUCAUAUGUCAAUGAGUUACAAUCACAAUGAAGAACUUUUGGUAAUAUAUAUGACAUACCGUCUCAUAUGUCAAUGAGUUACAAUCACAAUGAAGAACUUUUGGUAAUAUAUAUGACAUACCGUCUCGAUAUGUCAAUGAAUUACAAGCACAAUGAAGAACUUUUGGUAAUAUAUAUGACAUACCAUACCGUCUCGAUAUGUCAAAACGUUACAAUCAGAAUGAAAAACUUUUGGUAAUAUAUAUGACAUACUGUCUCAUUUGUCAGUGAGUUACAGUCACAAUGAAAAACUUUUGGUAAUAUAUAUGACAUACUGUCUCAAAUGUCAAUGAGUUACAAUCACAAUUAAUACAUACAUUUUGUUUACAGAACAGUAAAAAGCAAUGACGAAGUUUC